AAACUUUCUUGUCUCUGUUAUAGCCCAUGCGAAAUGACAAAGAAAGGGACAGAGAGGACCACCCGAUACAUAACAUGGUCUCCUCUUAGCUUUAGCUUUUUCCUUCUCCUCGAAGUUCUCUCCCCGUCAACCGAAUCUUCCAACUGUUACAGUUUGGUACAUCUAAGCCUUGAACUUGCACGGCGUUUGAGCGACCCAAUUCAGGCGGGACAGGUUCGUCGUCAGACUCUUAAGAUUAGUUUAUAUGUACUUUCAGUUCCGUUACUUUUCAAAGUAACUGUCUCAAUCAGAGCCGUUGAUUUCUGCGAAGUAAUGGAUAAAUCAUCAGCGAUUGUUAAUGAAAAUCAUCAUCACUCCUUCUCUUCGUCGGCUUCUCAGAGACAUGUUAGCUACAGCUGUGGUUCUUGCGGCUAUGAGCUAAACCUUAGCUCCUCUAAUCGAAACAUCUCAACAAUUGGUUCAAAAUAUGGAAAAUCUAUGAAGCGAGGGAUCAUAUCAUUUGUAAGCAUAGAUGAGAGCAGAUUCACACAGGUUGAUGAGCUGCAAUGCAUUCCCUACCUUUCCAAAAACACAUGGGGUUUUUUCCGCCACAGAACCAAACUUCUUUGCCGAAAGUGUGGUAACCAUAUUGGAAAUGCUUACGAUGACAAAACCUUAGUUUACCCACCUGUGCCAGAUGAAUCUAAUUCAUCCUCGGGUAAUUAUGGUUCUGGUCAGAGAAAAUAUAAUGUUAGAAUACGAGCCUUACAGCCUUCCUCAGCCGAUGGAUCUGGCACCUCACUAUUCUCAUGAUAUGAAGUACCAUAGUCUUCUUCAUCAGGUAUGAUAUUUCAAAUGUCAGUCAGCAACAACUACACUAAGAGUUUUCCGUGUGAUUAUUUUUUGUAUAGGUGUUUCAAGUGUACUUCUUUUUCUCUCUGUAUUUAUCUACAAGACCUGUAUAUGGAAGUAUCAGAAACUAAAUCAAAAGCAAAGCGAAGUGGAAUUUUGAAGGGAGUUGAAUGGUUUGCCUAAGUCAGUGAGCAUUUCCAAAUUUGAAUGUAAGAAAGAGUGAUAUUUUUGGAUUGAGUUAAAUGCAACAAUUAGCUUUUGCAGCAGUUUAUGCUUCAA